UAUAUUAUAUUCUCUCUCUGUUUCAACGGGCGAGGAUUUUUCGAAACAAAAGCACUUUUGGUUUUUGUGUUUUGGCAAAGAGAGACGUUUCCUUUUCUUCUCCCUUUGCCUCAAAAGGAUCAGUUUCUUCUGUUUCUCUCUUUGUCUCUCUCUCUCUCUCUCUCUCUCUCUCGAUGAGCUUUGCUUCGAUUCCCGCCACUUCUCAAUCAGCGAAAUGUUAAUAGAAUAAAGAAAUGGGUGAGGUGAAGAUAGAGGAGUGCUGCCUUGAAAAUAAGCAAUUAACGGCGGCUUCAAGCUCGUCUAUAUCUGAAGGCAGUGGCAGUGCUAUUCUCAAGUCUCCCGGAGUAUCCAGUCCAGCAACAGCUUCGCCAACUCAUAGGAGAACCACUGGGCCAAUAAGGCGAGCAAAAGGUGGCUGGACUCCAGAGGAGGAUGAAACGUUAAGAAAUGCUGUUGCUGCUUUUAAGGGGAAAAGUUGGAAGAAAAUAGCUGAGUUUUUUCCUGAUAGAUCAGAAGUGCAAUGUCUACAUAGAUGGCAGAAGGUUCUUAAUCCUGAUCUUGUUAAAGGACCUUGGACUCAAGAGGAGGAUGAUAAAAUAACUGUACUGGUAGCAAAAUAUGGACCCACAAAGUGGUCUGUCAUAGCCAAGUCUUUACCUGGUCGCAUAGGGAAACAAUGCCGGGAAAGGUGGCACAAUCAUUUGAAUCCUGAUAUAAAGAAGGAUGCUUGGACAUUAGAGGAGGAGUUGGAACUCAUGAAUGCCCAUCGGAAACAUGGGAACAAAUGGGCUGAAAUAGCAAAGGUUUUACCGGGAAGGACUGAUAACUCUAUAAAGAAUCACUGGAAUAGUUCCUUGAAGAAAAAAUUAGAUUUCUAUCUGGCUACAGGGAAACUUCCUCCAGUUGUAAAGAAUGAUAUUGUUUUUUCUUCGCGGAAACAUCCUUCAGUUGCAAAGAAUAGUAUUCAAGAUGGAAGUAAAGAUACGAAUAAACCUGCUGUCACCAAGACAAGUAAAGAAUCAGAUUCAACUGCUCGAACUUCAUCAGGAACUACUGAUGCAUGUAAGCUAGAAGAAGAUGGUAAGGAUCAAUUAGAGUCUGUAGCUCUGGUGCGAGAUAUGGCAGCUUCAUCAAGUGUUUUUCCAAAUGAGUCUGCUGAUUCUGUAGGUGUAGAAUGUAAAGCGCAUUCAUUUGUUGCAGAUCUUAGUUGCUGUGAUUCAGAGUCACUACGAAAAUGUGAGAAUUACAGAAUCAACUAUGAAAUUAGUGAAGAAAAAGUUUUUGGGUCUCAAUUGCAGUUUGAAACAUCUACUUAUGGUCCUUUGUAUUAUGAACCACCACUGUUAGAAACUUGUACUCCAAUAGAUUUGAAUCCUUUAGUUAUGCGUCAAGUGCAGCAUGAGUACAGUUCUAGCCCAAUUUCUUCCCCCAUUAGUUUCUUCACUCCACCUUGUGUGAAGAGUAGUCAUUUAAGUGCCCAAAGCCCUGAAUCUAUAUUGAGAACUGCUGCAAAAAGCUACCCCAACACUCCAUCCAUAUUUCGAAAGCGAAAAACUGGAAGUCAAGUGCACCUGCUUCCUGCUAAAGUUGGGAAAGUAGGUCAAGAAUGUGUUGAAGAUAGGCUGCAGAGAAGAACUGAGAAUACGUCUGAAAAGGCUGGGUCUCAAGAUAAAAAUUUGUUUGACAGUCCUCAUCCAGAUAAUAGCACGUCCUUGCCUAAUGGUAAAGCUUUUAAUGCAUCUCCUCCAUACAGGUUGAAAUCCAAACGAACUGCUGUUUUCAAGUCUGUAGAGAGGCAACUUGAGUUCACUUUGGACAAGGAGAGAUGUGACAGCACUAAAUCUGUGAAUGGAAGUGCGCUUGUUUCUGAAGGUUGUCCUCAUGCAACAAAGAUGGGAGUGACCUAGAGCAUAUCAUGUUGCAAAAUGGGCAUAUUCUCAAAGACUGGCUGACAGUUUCCUACUGGUAACUGGAUUUCCAUUAUCAUAUGAAGCUGUUUGAACAAUGACAAGUUUCGUGUGUUCUAUCAAUGAACGUCUGCAAUUCCAGUCUAGUCAAUCGUCUUGCAGAUACCUUGUUUUCAUGUAUAUGGAGACAUUUUCUUCCAUUAUACCAUCAGUGAGCAAAAGCCGUUGGCGUGACAUGUAGAAUAAGAGAUGAUAAGUUCCAAAUACAUGGGGGUAAAUAAUCAAGUGUAACAUCUUUGUACAGACGCCCCCCUUUAAGAGAAGAAAUGAUACCUGAGAAAAUUUCAAAUCAUAAGCGCAACAAUAAUCCUGUAAAGUUAGUGUUUUUUUUCUUUUCCUGUUAGGUAUAGCAGCUUAACUGUUGCCAAUCGGUGCUCAUUAUUCUCCCAUAGCAGACCUGCUGGGAAAAUGCUUAUGGAGACCGAGUGACGAAAGUUUUGAGCUUCUGCACCAUUGGAAUUUAAGGUUGAUGAUGAAAUCAAGUCACUUUUGUUAA